AUGAUAGAACUUUCUCAGAAGACCAAGUCCAAAAAUGAGAAAAUAGUGGUCAACAAUCUAGAAGUAGAAGAAAAGUCAAAAGAAAAUAACCAACUACAAGAAAAACUGGAUGAAUUAAGUGAUAACCAUUCUGCCACAACUUAUCAUAGUCAGGAAGUCAGUGAUGAAACCGACAUUUCUGAGUCAUUAAAAUAUAGUGACUUUAAUUCUGAUGAUAAGGAUAGAAAGAUAUUUAAAUUACAGAGUGAAUUGGAAGAAAUAAAAAAGCAAUUAGAAACUUUCCAAAACGAGCCAGGAGAAAAUAAUUGCUUGAAUGAAUGUUGCAUCAAUAGUGAUUAUGAAGAUAUUAAAAGAGAAAAAAAUGACUUGGAAAACAAAAAUGAUAGUUUAAAUUUACUACUAAAUGAAAAAAGUCCAGUGGGUUCAAGAAAAAGCACUGACCUUCCUGAGUGGAAUUGA